AAUUAAUUAAUUUUUAAACUGUGAUUAAUCUGAUUAAAAAUUGUAAUCGUUUGACAGCCCUAGUUUUUUUUAUAUGAAUGUUAUUACAGUAAACCCACAGGAAGCGACAUGCGCUCAUCCUGACUGAGUCACUGCGGAGAGGCGGAUUACCGAGAAAUGUAUAAGAAGAAAUAAGAGGCAGCAACUUUGAGGAAGUGACACAUAGUGUGUCACAGUGACCAGUCUAGAGAUUUACACGAAUACAAGAGACACGAUGGGACGAAUUAAAACGGAUAAAAAUGUCCUCACUUCUUAUUCUGCUGCUUCAGUUUACAGGGACUGCAAUUGGACAGCGUGUCCUCUUCCUCUCUGUCAGAGUUGGAGAUGAAGCCACUUUGCCGUGUAACUAUGUGAUUCAUGAUCAGGGUGAAUGUGAGAGUACUACCUGGCUCUUCAGUGAUUCAGGAAACUCAGUAGCGCUGGUUAGACGUGGGCAGAUUGGUAACCAUGCUAAAUCAGACAGACUGAGAGUUACAGAGAAAUGUUCUCUGCUUGUAAAGAAGGUCACAGAAGAGGAUGCUGGUCUUUACACCUGCAGACAGUUCAGUUCAGGAGAAGAACAAGAAGGUCCAGACAUUCAAGUUUACCUGUCUGUUGUUACCAUGACUGGACAUCAGGACAAUGAUGAGGUGACGUUACGCUGCUCGGUGAAGACAUAUGGAGACUGUGGACACACAGUGAAGUGGCUGUUUCAGGGUCGAGAUGUGGAUAAAGAUCACAACGAUAUAAGGAGAUCACAGUUCCGCUGCUCUGCUUCUGUGACAUUUCCGACUUCUCAUUUUAGUUACACACCAAGGUCUAAGUUGUUUACUUGCUCAGUAAAGGAUGGUUCCAACGUGCAGGCCUUCAGCCUUCAGUCCUCAGGUGAGGACACAGCAGCAACAACAGAGAGCGACUCCAGAUCAGGUUUCACUACGACAGCUUCUGUAAUCACUGAAGAUGCAACAGGUUGGUGGUGGUGGAUCAUCGUUGUGAUAGUGGGUGUUGCAGCACUCAUAAUAAUCAAUGCGCCUGUCAUCUGACGGACGAGGACUCAAGGUGAGGUAUGAUGUAGAUGAUGGUACAGUGAACUGAGAAAACAUCAGACCUCUUGAUGGAGUUUGAGCAACACUUCUGCCUCCAUCAGACUCCACUGAUCAACAACGUCUACAUCUGUCAUCAUGUUUCACAUCAUGAGUGGAAGAUUUUACAAUCAUUCUGAAUUACAUAUUAUUUCAUUUUGUUUUGAUCUAAUAAACCACUGGAUGUCACUGUAAAGAGCUUUUAACUCUAGUUUCCUUUCUUAUAUUGUCUUCAUGCUGAAGGUCUCAGAGCUGAUUUUAAGAUGUACUGAUUCUGUGGUUGAGACACAUUUAAGAGAUGGAUCACGUUUUGUUCAGUUGGAUAAUAUCCACAUGUCUACCCUACUUUUAUAAUUUUCUAAUCAUAAAUCUAUAGAUGUACAAUUAGAAAAUUCAAAAAGUAGGGUAGACAUGUGGAUAUUGUCCUAGAUAUUUAACUUAUUCUGUGUGUUGACAUUUACGACCAACCCUACUUCUAAUCUCCCGUAAGGAAUGUGAUAAUGCAGUCGUAUGUUGAUACUACCAGGUUUUAUGGCCUGACCUAGCGGGCACA